AUGUAUGCGUCCAAGGACUUCUACCCUCACCACAAGGCUAGCCACUCGCAUGGUCAACUCCGAAAUGUGCUCGCAGCAAGGAGUAGGAACGAUGUGUUUUAUGCAUCGAAGAGCAAGGUUAUGCACACAGCCUUGAGCUGUCCUGCAUAUACCAAUGUGGUCGUCAAUUUCAGCGGCGCCUCUACGAAUCCGAACCAAGCUGGAGAUACCCACAUCACUACAAUCGCCGUCUCACCUGCCACGGAUUUUGAUGGCUAUUACUCAGAUGCCGUCUUGGUCACCGGCGGACUGGAAGGCGAAUACUCUGUACUCAACCUCAACUCGACUCUUGGCGAUCGACCCAUUGAAGGAUUCGUGACUGUCGCCGAGCAGAAAGAAACCACACAUGUCCAUGUUCUUAGUCAUCGCCGUACAGGCGCUUUAGGAGCUGCCUUUUGCUCCAACGACAGCAAAGUCAGACUACUUGAUAUCGACACCAACUCGUGGUCUGGCGUGUUCGAAUAUGAGAACCAGAUCAACUGUGCUGCAACAUCACCUGAUGGCCGCUUGAGAAUGAUUGUUGGCGACACCUGUGAGACUCUCAUAACAGAUGCUGAAAGGGGAGAUGUGCUGUUCCGUACACGGCAACAUACUGGAUAUGGAUUCGCGUGUGCAUGGGCUGCCGAUGGUUGGCAUGUGGCAACAGGCAGCGAGGAUGGAAAAGUGGUGGUUUGUGAUGCCAGGAGAUGGGACAAUCCGUUGGCGGCACUUGCAUGCGAGAUGAGCUGUGCUCGUUCACUACACUUUACCACAUCCAACCGUGGAGGAGCAUCACUGGUAGUGGCCGAGUCGGACGACAUUGUCAGCGUGUACGAUGCGAUGAAUUGGCAUGACAAGCAGACGAUCGACUUCUUCGGAUCGGUGGUUGGAGCGGUCUCGGUGGACGACGGACAAGAAUUGAUCAUCGCCAAUGGCGAUGAGACGGUGGGUGGAUUGAUGGUGUUUGAAAGGAGACAUCACAUACCGGAUGAGCAGGAUGAUUUUGACCAUCAACACUUUGAUGGCAGAGAAGACCACCAUUCCAGACGACGAGGAAUAGGUUUCGACGACUUGAUGCUGUAA